UGGAACAUCUACACUUUUAACACUUUUACUCCAAGGGCAACUAUCUAUCAUUCAACGUUGUAGAGCACGCGCAAUUUUUUCCAUUCGCUUCACCAUUCAAAUCAACUAAUUGCAAUUCCAUACCGACAUGCGCAUUACAAUACCAAUCAUUCAGUCAUCAUGCGCGUCAUUAAACCGUCGUGGCUAAGCCAUAAAGGCGAACAGAAGGACUUCGAGGUGUAUAGCUGCCAUAUAUCACCGGACGGAAAGAGACUCGCUACUGCUGGCGGAGAUGGCCACGUCCGAGUUUGGUCGACGGAAUCCAUCUAUAACACCGACGACCCCUCAUACACAAAACCGAGACAGCUUUGCCAUAUGAGCCAUCAUCUAGGCACUAUUCAUUCCGUGCGAUUCUCACCUAAUGGUCGCUAUCUCGCAUCCGGAGCCGACGACAAGAUUAUUUGCAUAUACCAGCUCGAGAGCGGUCCGCCCGCCAUCGCCCCUUUCGGAACGAAUGAGCCGCCCCCAGUCGAAAACUGGAAAACCUCGAGACGAUUGAUAGGACACGACAAUGAUGUUCAGGAUCUAGCUUGGUCUUACGAUGGUUCCAUACUCGUUUCCGUGGGUUUAGAUUCAAAAGUAGUUAUUUGGUCAGGUCAUACUUUCGAGAAGUUAAAGGUCCUCGGAAAUCACCAAAGUCAUGUCAAAGGGAUUACGUUCGACCCUGCCAACAAGUUCUUUGCUACCGCUAGUGACGAUCGAUCUAUCAAAAUAUUCCGAUUCACUCCACCCGCCCCCAAUGCCACUCAACACGACAUGGUGAAUAAUUUCCAGCUCGAGACUACAAUCAGCUCCCCCUUCAAAUCCUCUCCUUUAACAACGUAUUUCCGAAGGUGCUCUUGGUCACCCGACGGAAACCAUAUUGCGGCAGCUAACGCUGUUAAUGGUCCUGUCAGCUCAGUGGCCAUCAUCGAACGAAAUAGAUGGGACAGUGAGAUCAACUUGAUAGGACACGAGGGUCCAACGGAAGUCUGCAUGUUCUCUCCUAGGCUUUUCCACACGAAAAAGCCUGUUGAGAAUGGCACGGCCAAUGGCCAUUCCGGAGAAUCGUUAGUAACGGUAAUCGCUUCCGCCGGCCAGGACAAGACGCUCAGCGUUUGGAACACCAAUACCUCAAGACCUGUUGUUAUCCUACAAGAUUUAGCAGCGAAAUCGAUAUCCGACCUCGCCUGGACUCCUGAUGGGCAAAUUUUGUUUGCGUCAAGUCUUGAUGGUGGCAUUGUUGCAGUCAAAUUUGAGACGGGGGAAUUGGGCUGGGUAGCUAACCUAGAGGAGACUGACAAGGCUCUAUCCAAGUAUGGAGCUUCGCGGAAAGCCAUGGGAAUAUCUGAAGAUGUAGAUGGACUUCAGCUAGAAAAUCAUAGCAAAGAAGGUGAGAGAAAAGGGGCAGAAUCACGGAUGGGAGCACUCAUGGGUGACUUUCAUCCGCUCCCGAAAGAUGCACCGCCUACGACAAACGGCGUCAAGCACACCGCCACAACACCGAACAUACAGCCGACAAAUGGCCAAACGGAAUCUCAACCAGAAAAGGACCAAGCUCCAGCCCCCGAAGCAGAGGAGUCGGCUGAUAAAUCAGCUCAGCGAGUGAUUGAACUAAAAUCACGUGUAACAAUUACCAAGGAUGGGAAGAAAAGGGUAGCACCGAUGCUCAUUUCAUCAUCUGGAACUGGCCAAUCCUCAUUACCCCAAAGCCAGUUGGUUGGGUCCAGCUCGAAAGCUGCACAGAAUGAUACGCCACAAACUAUACUAGACCUCUCGAAACCGUACGACGGACUGCCAGAAGGUGGCUUAGCCGCUAUGCUACUGGGUAAUAAACGGAAAGCGGUGAUUACGGAAGACGAAGAGGAGGAAGAGCACCCUAGCAAACGAACUUCUACAGGGCCGAGGACCAUAAUGAGAAAUGGGGCCGAAGGUCUGGAGCCCGCGGCCCUCGAACCACCUAAGCAAGGUCUGUUACCCACGCCUGACUAUUUACGGCCAGCAGUCCUCAACCCCUCCAUUGCGAUGUCACAAGUUCGUUUAGCAGUGCCCAAAGUGAGAUCACACAUUCUACGUCCGCUAGAGAGAGGUGUUCUGCUUGAGGAUAGCACUGCGGAUGAGGCAUCUCGAAUUUCCGAAAACAUUAUCUUGGAAGCCAAGAACCCGGUUUCGAUUAGGGAGCCUUCGCAUAUCACAGCCACAAAGCGUGGUUCCGUACUUUGGCAAGAUUACCUUCCACGAGCUAUUAUUCUUGUGACAGGCAGUAAGAGGUUCUGGGCUGCCGCCUGCGAGGAUGGCAGCUUGUAUACGUGGACGCCGGCGGGCCGUCGACUGAUAAAUGCCAUGGUUUUGGAGUCUCAGCCGGUAAUUCUGGAAUCUCGUGACUGGUGGCUACUUUGCGUUACGGCUGUGGGUAUGUGCUACGUCUGGAAUAUUAACACUCUCUCCUCACCCCAUCCACCCGUAUCGCUAGGGCCUGUAUUAGAAAUAGCCGUCAGCUCUCUGCAGAUGCACAGUGCCAUGCCAGCUCCUGGCGUCACCUCUGCGCACCUGAACUCGAGUGGUCAUAUCAUCGUCACACUUACUACUGGCGACGGAUAUUACUAUUCUCCCACUAUGUUUACCUGGCAACGACUCUCUGAAUCGUGGUGGGCAGUGGGUAGUCAAUAUUGGAACAGCAAUGAUUCCUCAGUCGGAGCUCUGCAGUCAACGGCAGUCGGCGCGGUCUCUCCCAAGGAUGGCCAGAUUGACGAAGCAACCGUCUCAGCCGGCAUUAUUCCCUUCCUAGAGAGGCACACAACAAAUGAGUUCCUGCUAAAGGGCAGGGCAUACACACUGCAACGCCUAAUCAAAACCUUGCUGUCAAAGGAUAGCUUCGAGUCUUUCGAGUCCAGUGUCAGCAUCGCUCACCUCGAGAAUCGUAUUGCCGGAGCCUUACAGUUAGGCGCAAAGGAAGAAUUCCGACUCUACCUGCUCAUGUACGCCAAACGAAUUGGCGCAGAAGGCCACAGAGGUAAAGUAGAAGAGCUCUUGAACACCUUACUGGGCGGGGUGUUGCAAGACAAGAAAGAGGAGAGUGAUCCGGCAGGCCAGGGCUGGCAUAGCAAGGGCGAUUUUAUCUGCGGAUGGGAUCGGAAGGAACUUCUCAAGGGCGUUGUGAUGAUUCUAGGGAAGUAUAGGGAACUUCAGCGCCUAACUGUACAAUACGCGAGAGUCCUCGACCUGACGCAAGAGGGCGACAUGACAGGCGAGCCCAUGGUUAUUGAGACGUGAUGGAUUUGUUUUAACACACCUACCUACCUACCUACCUACCUGAGGGAGAGUUUGGUGCGUGGGGUGGGCGGUUCGUUGUUUGAUAAUCAACUGUUUCUUCAUUUCAGGUGUCCAAUAACCGACAUGUAAGGUAAACCAAAUCCACACUGCAUAUAAUUAACAUGGAGGUGUCAGAUGUAUCAUAGCUUAAAAUUCACGUAUGACCAUGCCAUACAUAUCAGGUUCCAACAUUAGUGCCUAGGUACCUACCUACCCAAGUACUAGGC